AUGAAGCAAUUUUGCGGUAUCCCCCUUUUGGUACUCUUCGUAAAUUUAUAUGUUUUACAAAAUAAUGUGGUCAGCAACGAAAUUGUGAAUUUGAAAAAUCCCAACUUGAGGAACGGAUGGGUAGGUAAAAACCUCACCCUACAGGAUGAGAAAAUCGUUUUAAACGCAGAAGACGGUGAUGAGAUAGACCCAAACGGAAGCCAUAUCGAAUUGCCACAAAAAUCGGAAAAAGCGGAACUGCAGAUGCAGGAACAAGGUAAUGAUGAUAAUGAAGACUUAAAAAGACAAAUAGGUGAAUUUGUUGAUCAAGCACAAUUAGCAAAUACAAAAGCUGAUGCUGCAGUAGCUGAAGCAGAAAAAUCAUUAGAAAAAGCAAAAGACGCAGAAGAGCAAGUAAAACAGGAUGAAGGAAAUGUAACAACAGCAACGACGAAAGCAAAAGCAGAAGCGCAGAAAGCAGUUGAUGCGGCAAAAACAAAAAAAAAGGACGCAAAAACAAAUGCUGAUAAUGCAAAGCAAGAAUCAGAGAAGAAAGGUGAUCAAGAACUGAGAGCAACAUUGGAUAAAGUAAAAAAGUUUGCGGAAAAAGCAGAACAAGCAUUGAGUGGUGCACAGACAGAACAAAAAAAAGCAGAAUGGGCAGCAAAAAUUGCGGAAGAAUUAAAAAAGGCAUAUGAGGCAAAAAGAAAUGCAAACGACUCAAAAGAAGCAGCAGAAAAGACAAAAAAAGAUGCAACAAGUGCCGUUUCAGACUCUACAGAACAAAAAGUAACAGCAUCAAUUCAAAUAAUAGAAGAACAGAAGCAAACUGCAGUAACAAAGGCAACGGAAGCAGAAAAGGCAGCAAAAGAAACAGAAAAAGCAGCAAAAGAAACAGAACAAGCAGCAAUUGAGGCUAUAAAUGUCAUAGACCAAACAACUGUACAGGAUAAAUUUAAAGUGGUAGAAGGUAAAGCAGAUACAGCAUCCAAAGCUGCAGCAGCAGCGAAGAAGGCUCAAACAAAAGCCCAGAUAGCAGCCUAUGUGGUACAAACAGAAGUUUCAAAAGAAAAAGCGGUUAAAUCUGCCAGAGAAGCAAACGAAGCAAAAACGAAAGCUGAAGAUGUAGCAAAAGAAUCUGAGAAAAUAAAAAUAACUGACGAAGAUAAAUCAGGAAAUGUAAAAGCGGCAAAAACUGAAGCAGUGGAACAAGCGAACCUAGCAGACAAUGCAAAAAAAGAAGCAGAGGCUGCAGCAAUUAGUGCAAACGAAGCAAAAACAUCAAUAACAGUUAAAGAUGACGAUACCACACUAAACGAAGCAAAAACAAAGGCAUACGAUGCAUCAAUAAAGGCAAAACAGGCAGAAAAAGAUGCAUCAAAUGCACUAAAAGAAGCGCAGAAAGCACAAAUAGAAACAGAAAUAGCAGCCGAAGUAGUAAAAGCGGAAAAGGCAAAAAAAGAAGCAAGCAGUGAUGCAGCUGUAGCAAGAGAAGCAAAGGAAAAAGCAGAAAGUGAAGCAAACAAGGCAAAAUCGAACGCAGUAGCACAGGAAGCAGCCAAAAGGGCACAAGAACAAGAUGUAGCAGCAUCAACAGCAAAGGGAAAUGCAGAAACUGCAGCAAAAGAAGCGGAAACGGCAGCAGAAGAUAAUGUAUCAGAAGAAACAUUAACUACAGUUAAACAAAAAGUAGAAAAUGCAUCCAAUGCAGCAACUGCAGCUAAUAAAGCCAGAACGAAAGCAGAAAUCGCGGCAGAAGAAGCAAAAGCGCAAGCAGCUAAAACAGAAGCGGAAGCUUCAAAGGUAGCAGCUAAUGCAGCGAAAGAUGAAGCGCAAAAGGCAGCAGAAGAAUCCAAAUCAGCAGAAGCAAAAAAGGCAGCGGAUAAGGCUAGCGCGGCGGCUAAAACAGCAGACGAAAAGGCAGCCUCAGCCAAAAAGGAAGCAGAUGAUGCGACAACUGAGUCGAAAUCAACUACAGCUACUGUAGAAACAAUGCAAAAAAAGGCGGACAAAGCGGUAGAACAUGCAAAGGAAGCCAAGAAGGCGCAAACAAAAGCGGAGUUGGCAGCGGAAGAAGCAAAAGCAGAAGCAGCAAAGGAAGAGGCCAAAAAAGCGCAAGAAGCUGCUGAUGCAGCAAAAAAAGAAGCAGAAGAAAUAGCGAAAAAGGAAAAGGUAGAUGCAAAGGCUGUAGCUGAAGCCACGAGUGCAUUGGACACAGCAAAAACUAAGGCGAAGGAGGCAAAAGAUAAAGCAGGUGAUGUAUCAAAGGAAGUAGAAAAAGCAGAAAAAGAAGUGGAAAAAGUGGUAGGUGAUGACGCACAAAAAUCAGAAAUAACAACAGCAGUAAGCGGCAUCAAAGGAAAAACAUCAGAAGCAGUCCAAGCAGCCAAAGACGCGAAGAAAGCAAAAGAUUUAGCGGAAAUUGCACUAAACGUUGUAAAAGCAGAAGUGGCGAAUGAUAAGGCAAAAAAGGCAGUCACGGCAGCGGGAGUGGCAAAAGAAGACGCAAAAAAAGCAGCCGCAUCAGCAGAGCAACCCAAAAAGGAAGAAGAAUCUGCGGAGGAGGACGCGGAAAUUGCAAAAGAGAAUGAAAUAGAAGCAGAACAAAAGGCAAAAGAGGCAGAGGAUAACGCAAAUGCAGCGCAAGCACAAUUAAAAAUAGCAGAACAGGAAUUAAAGAAAGCGCAAGAAGCAGACAAUGAGGAAAAAUUCCAAAGCGCAAAAACGAAUGCCCUUGCGGCGGCAGAAGAAGCAAUUAAGAAAGGCCAGGCCGCGGAAGAUGCAGCCAACGAGGCAAAAAAUAAUGCAGUGAAAGCCGCAGAAGCUGCUGAAAAAGCCAAAAAGGCAGCAGCAGAAUCAGCCUUAAAGAAAAAACUUAAUGUUCUAGAAAUUGUGAAAAAAUACUCCAGAGAAGGCUACAACACAGUCGACAGUGACGAACAUGUGCUAAACGAAGUUGAGGAACAGGCAAGCGAAGAGAAGGAGGAAGGGGAGAGGGAGGAAGAAGAAGAAGCAGAUCAUCCAAUAUUGAACGAUGUAGAAAUAGACGAUGAUGACGAGGAAGAAGAGGAGGAGGAGGAGGAAAAAGAAGAGGAAGAAACAGAAGUGAAGGAAGAGGAAGAUGCUAAAGAGGAAGGACAUGCACAAAGCAGUGCACACCAGAGCAGCAUAACCGAGUUAGAAAAUCCAAAAAAAGAAUACCAAGAAAAAAGUGAUAAACCACCAAGUGACAGCAACGCCCAAGCACUGCUCGAAGACAACUAUAAAAAUUUUACGGACUUUAAAAAAAAAGCUGAAGAUUUGACCAAAAAUAUAAUUAACACAAUUGACGGCGACGCCGGAGUCAUAGAAACGCUCAAGGAUUUCGCGAAAGAUAUGAAUCAGUUCAUUUUGAACAUGUAA